AUGGCCAACUGCGAAAGACUUCGCUACUUUGUUCAUGACAGUGUCCUCGAUUCCAAAGAAAUCGUCCUGAGAAAAACGCUCUCCAUUUUCAGCGAGAGAACUGAUGAACUUGGACUGCAGACUGCAGCAUGGGCUGGGACCAAGAAGAGGAGGAACAACAGGCGCGCCAAGAAGGGCCUCGGCCACGUGCAGCCCAGCCGCUGCACCAACUGCGCCCGCUGCCUGCCCAAGGAUAAGGCCAUCAAGAAGUUCGUCAUCCGAAACAUCGUGGAAGCCUGGGCCGUCUGGGACAUUUCCGAGGCCAGUGUUUUCGACUCUUAUGUGCUCCCCAAACUAUAUGUGAAACUGCAUUACUGUGUGAGCUGCACGAUCCACAGCAAGGUAGUGAGGAAUUGGUCUCGUGAGGCAAGAAAGGAUCGGACACCCGCACCCCGCUUCAGACCUGCUGGUACUGCCCCCAGACCCCCUCCAAAGCCAAUAUAA